GCUCGAAUCCGGUUGCUCUGUGCCGACGCUCAAGCUACUCGGCUUGGAACGUCCCGGGAUCCCCGUUGAAACAGCUGCACUGUUAAUGAGAUUCAUUCAUCUGAUGUGAGCCAGCGAGAACGAAUUCACGGUCUUACAAGCUGACGUAACAUAUAUUACAAUGCAACAAGGAUACAUUUUCUCUCGGUUUAUGAGCGUCUCAAUACUGUACAGGCACCAGGGGGCAGGAAAACAAUGAUGCACUUCAGGAACAUUAACGUUAUCGACCUCGCCGCUACAUCGGGACGAUAAUCACAAACUCUGCAACAUCAGCGGAGUAUGGACUUUUGGAUUUAAAUUUGUGUCCAGUGGAUCGGACUAGCUUCAGCGUGUGGAAGAUCUUCGUAUUGUAUUUUGUUGCAGGAGAGUUCCUGCUGGUGCCCCGUCUCCCUCCUAUCCAACGUUGUUGUGAAUGAUCUAACAUGGCGACUGUACCAGUAUAUUGCAUCUGCAGAUUACCGUACGACGUUACACAGUUUAUGAUCGAAUGUGAUGCCUGCAAGGACUGGUUUCACGGCAGCUGUGUUGGUGUGGAUGAGGAUGAAGCUCCAGACAUUGACAUUUACCACUGUCCCAACUGUGAGAAAACUGAUGGAAAAUCUACAAUGAAGAAAAAGAAGACUUGGAGUAAACAUGACACGGGGCAGAGUGGCGAUGUCAGAGCUGUUCAGAACGGCAGUCAAGUGUUCAUCAAGGAGCUACGCAGUCGCACCUUCCCCAGCUCUGAGGACAUUGUGGUGAAGCUGAACGGCAGCCAGUUGACUAUGGAUUAUCUGGAGGAGGUGGGGUUUAAUGAGCCCAUCCUGGUCCAGAAGAAAGAGGGCCUGGGGAUGUCCAUGCCGGCCCCUACCUUUUACAUCAGUGAUGUGGAGAACUAUGUUGGUCCGGAUGUGGGGGUUGAUGUGAUAGACGUGACCAAGCAGACAGACUGCAAGAUGAAGCUGAAGGAGUUUGUAGAUUACUACUACAGCACCAACCGGAAGAAAGUAUUGAACGUUAUCAAUCUGGAGUUCUCUGACACAAGGAUGGACAGUAUCGUACAGAGCCCUCAGAUUGUGAGGAGGUUGUCAUGGGUGGAGAACUACUGGCCGGAUGAUGCCCUGCUGGGAAAGCCCAAAGUGACUAAAUACUGUCUGAUCUGUGUUAAGGACAGUUACACUGACUUCCACAUCGAGUGUGGUGGGGCCUCAGUCUGGUAUCACAUACUGAAGGGAGAGAAGAUCUUUUUCCUGAUCAAGCCAACAUCAGCCAACCUAUCGCUGUACGAACGCUGGAGGUCCUCAGCCAAUCACACAGAGAUGUUUUUUGCCGACCAAGUGGACAAGUGCUAUAAAUGCACUCUGAAGCAAGGACAGACCCUAUUCAUACCAUCAGGUUGGAUCAAUGCAGUACUGACUCCAGUGGACACGCUGGCGUUCUCUGGACACUUUGUCCACAACUUGAGUGUUGAGAUGCAGAUGAGAGCAUACGAGGUGGAGAAGCGUCUGAAGGUGAACAGUCUGACUCCGUUCCCCAACUUUGAGACGGCCUGCUGGUACGUGGGACGACACCUGCUGGAAAGAUUCAAAGGUUUGCACAAGGCCAAUAAGCAGCCAGCUCCGUACCUGAUCCAUGGAGCUAAGAUCAUCAAUGGGGCAUUCAGGGCAUGGACCAAGAAACAGGCUCUGUUGGAACAUGAAGAUGAGCUGCCUGAGAACAUGAAGCCCACUCAGCUCAUCAAGGACCUGGCAAGGGAGAUCCGGAUCUCAGAGAAUGCGACUAAAGCCAUUAAGAGUGAAUUGAGCUCCAAGGCUCCGGUUGAGGAACCCCCUCCUGCCCCAUCGGAGCCUGCCUCUCCCUCCAGCGACCCCUCACCCUCCCCUCCUCCCCGGGAUAAACCAGCCAGGAAGAAGGCCCCCAAGCCACCCAAGAUGCCCAAAGCGCCCAAACCGCCAAAGGUCCCGAAAGUGAAGGAAGGAGGAAAGAAGAAAGGGAAGAAAGAGAAAGAGGUCCCUCCCCCUCCACCCCCACCUCCAUCCAAGCCCUCCAGCCUGGCGGCUCUAGAGUCUCAUGCCAAGGACAUCCUCAGCAAGAUGGACCAGCCCAAGAAGGGCAAAAUGGGGGGAAAGGCGGCUAAGAACGUCUUAAGCAUGUCAGAGAAGGAGACCUGUAAGCAGAAUGAUGUGGAGAAGUUUGAGAUCCGAGAACAGAGUAAGAAGCAGACGGAAGCCAAGUGGAAAUACAAGAACAGUAAACCAGACUCCCUACUGAAGAUGGAAACUGAAGAGCACAAGUUUGAGAGAACGCCGCUGUCGGGCAACAGAGACAAAUUUGCCUUUUCAAUGACACACCACAAGUUAUUAGGCUCCAAGCUGAAGCCCCAGACCAACUCUGGUGUGUUCAGCUCGUUACAAAACCUGAAGGAGGACAAGGGCAAGCCGGUGAGAGACGAGUACGAGUACGUGUCAGACGAGGGGGAACUGAAGAUAGAUGAGUUCCCCAUCAGGAGGAAAAAGAACUCCAUCAAGAGAGACUUGUCCUUCCUGUCAAGUAUCAAAGAACCAAUCCAGCCAUCCAAGAAGCCAAAGCUCCUCCCCUCUGCUGUCAAGAAGGCUGACUCGUCAGAUGAAGAGUCACUCCACAUUGACACAGAGGUCAAACCAGAGGUCAAACCAGAAGUGAAAGGUCGUAACUCCAAGGUGAAGAAGAAGGCAGGUAGCGCAGUGGGUAUCCUCGACCUGCUCCAGGCCAGCAAGGCAGUGGGCGGCAUCGACUACACCGCGAACAGUCAGCCACCUGCAUCUCCCAGCACACAGGAGGCCAUUCAGGGGAUGUUGUCUAUGGCCAACCUGUCCUCCGGGGCCACGGCUGGGGUCACCGCAGGGGUCACCGCCGGGGUCACCGCCAUCUCCUCCGACACCCUUGGGGCCUGGGGCGGCGACCGGGCCGGCCGGAACCACAGCAACACAACCACGACUGGACGGAAAGGAGGAGUGGUCAGCGGAAGAGGAGGAGAUGGGAACAGUAAGCGGCCGGCAAAGCGACUCCCCAAGAAGACGAGGAAGGGCAGCAGCAUUGACAGCGCAGAUUAUGAUGAUGACCAUGAUCACAUGGAUGCCUGCUUCAAGGACUCAGAUUAUGUUUAUCCCUCACUGGAGUCUGAAGAGGAUAAUCCUGUCUUCAAAUCUAGAUCGAAGAAGAGGAAAGGCUCAGAUGACACACCAUACAGCCCAACAGCGCGUGUUGGCCCCUCUGUGCUUCGUCAGGCAAGGCCGGCGAGAGAAGGAGCGCGAGUGGCCUCCAUAGAGACGGGACUGGCUGCUGCUGCCGCCAAACUCUCACACCAGGAAGAGCAGCAAAAGACCAAGAAAAAAAAGAAGAGCACCAAAAAGAAGCCCCCUGUGGUCGUGAGGGAAGAGGAAGAGGAGGAGGAAGAAGACCAGGAGCCAUUGAGGAAGCUGAGCAGAGACAGCAGUUCUCCAGAACCAGAUGUGGUUCAGGACUCCGACCAUGACCUGAGCGACCCUGAGUUCUCUGAAGCAGGAGGGAAGCAGUCUGGGGGGCCCCAGCCAAUGGCCCCUGGAGUCUUCCUCACACAGCGAAGACCCUCCACAUCUUCAUCAUCUCACAAUAACAACAACACUACAGCCAAGGGGGAGCGAGGAGCAGGAGGAGCGGGGGGAGCAGCCGCCAAGGGCGAUGCGAAGGGCGAAGCAAAGCGGCUAAAGAAAGGCAUGGCGACGGCCAAACAGAGACUGGGAAAGAUCCUCAAGAUUCAUCGCAAUGGGAAGCUCCUGCUGUAACAGAAAUUGACUCACUGAGGAGGACUGCCAUUGGCUCCUGAUGCAGUAAUACUGGCCAAUGAACUAGCCCCGUCUCCACCUCCUCUUUCCUGAUUGGUCCAGGGCUAACAGAGACAAACUGAAACACACCAGGGGAGUGGAAGGAGAAAGUCAAUACAUUUUUCAAUUUCUAAGAAGAACUUCGUCACUCACAAUAGGUUUUUGCCUCUACUUAUACUUUAUAACUUUCAGAUAUUAAAGUGUACAGAAUACCUGCUAUAAAUAUUUUUUAAGAGAAAUGUGUCUCAUUUUACUACAGUCAGUUUAUCUAUCAGGGGGAGUUAAUCUAGGUCUUCAAAUGGCAACCUAUUUCCUGCAUAGUGCACUGGUCUCCCAUAAGGCUCUGGUCUAAACUAGUGCACAAGAAAGGGAAUAGUGUGCUAUAAUAGACAACCUAGAAGUACAUUACAGUCAUUCCAGGACCCUGAAAGUAUCCCUGCAUGUGUUCAGUUGCAUGACACUUCUAGACAGGGUGGGGGGUUAUGGGUAGAGGUAGUUCAGGGUGCAAGUCGUUUUUUACCGAAUUCGUUCUCACUGUCCGGAUGUGGCUUAUCAUUAUCUUGUGAUGUUGUUCAAGAAUUUAGCUAAUAGAAGUUGUUCUCUGUCCUCACCAGAUUAGAUCUAGCCUAACAAUCUGGCUGUUUUUCAACAUUUAACUUUCAUUAAAUACAUUCUCUUCCAUGCAAAUCUUUUGCUUGCUAAGCACUAUCAGUCCUGAUAUUUAUUGUUCUCAUAUUAGGUUUCAUUCGUAGGUAGGAAAGGAACCGCCAAAAGGCACUUAGAAUAUGAAACAACUAUUAAGCACAAAACAUGAAGUAAUAUUCAAAGUAUGUCAAAUGUCUAUUAUGGCGGUUACAGUGUUAAAAUGAUUUCUCUGUCUGAAGAGGAUUUCUAUAGAUGUAGAAAUGGAACAGACAUCAUAAUGAAUGUUCUCGUUUGAAAGGUUGUUUUUACACCUAAACAAACUCGUAACAAUGUUCCAUUUGUUUGGACUGAGGUUGGUCCUACAUUGAGAGUCUGUGAUAAAGCCCAUGUACAUUGGAUAUUUAUAGAGACAGUAGGGAGCACCGAUGUGUGAUAGUGUUCUAGAUAAGCACAUUUAUUAUCCCAGUGCACGGUCCCAGCAAAGCAGCCUUAACCAUAGUUUGUGUUUUUUUUUUUUUUUUUUUUAAUAAGGAUGACUUUUGUGGUUCUGUUUACAAAUUCAUUGUAAUCUAACAAAUACUGUAUUUACUGUGUGCCAAACAACACCCUGUUCCCUUUGAAGUGUAGGGCACUCCAUUUGACCAAGGCGGGGCCCGAGUCAAACCUAGUGUACUACGUUGGGCACAGUGUGACAUUUGGGACACUACCUCUGUCUUAGCGGAAACGUAGGACUGACGUUGUUAGAACUCUAAGCACGGGACGUGGGGACGAUAGCGGCCGUGUGUCGUGGUUGUUAGGAUUCUGAUCUAAUGAUAAGCCUCAUCCAUUCUCUGUGGUUGCAUGGGGAUACUUUCACUCUUCUGUUGGCUUUGCAGGCAGCACCGCGACCCGCGCGACUGGCAUAUGCACAACGCGUUCACAUUACACUAUUUAGAAUGUAGCUUGUACAUAGCCUUUUACAUAAAUACUUUUUGUAUCCUUUCUUUCCUCCCUUAAUAAUACUUCAUUAUUAUACAUUUUUACUUGUUUUUUGCUAAUUAUUUUAAACAAAUAUAUAUGAAUAUAUAGAUAUUAGUCUCUCCUUUUUUAUUUGAUUAGACUUGUUCGUUUUCAGUUGUUUUAACCAUUGCUUAUUUGUUAUGAGACUAAGGUGUUGCCUGGAAAACAGCUGAGGAACAACAUUACAUGAGUUGUCUUAUGGCCUUACAUUUACAUAACAUAACUACAUACAGCUCUUUGUAUUGUCAUAAUGUUCAAGAACAUAACUACAUACAGCUCUUUGUAUUGUCAUUAUGUUCCAAGAACAUAACUACAUACAGCUCUUUGUAUUGUCAUGAUGUCCAAGAACAUAACUACAUACAGCUCUUUGUAUUGUCAUGAUGUCCAAGAACAUAACUACAUACAGCUCUUUGUAUUGUCAUUAUGUUCAAGAGAGGAAAAAAAAUACACAGAUGGAAAAAACAGUUUCAAGGACCAGCCUGUUUAGGUUCUAGUAUGCGGUUUUGCUGCGGUUCCAGAUUAUUUUUACUAGCACCUUGUGGAGUGUUCUUUGUGUCUGUGAUGUAAUUUAUUAAUGUUUGUAGCUUUUUUAUACUUGUACAAUUCUUAAGAGUUUUGUUUUUGGAUAUUUUAUCAGCCUGUGAAUUAACCCCCCCCCGCCCCCCCCAGUCAUGCUAUGUGGUCUUUGACAUCACUGAGGUUUCAGACUCUCUGCCAUACUUCAUAAAAUACAUUUCUGUGUUUAUUUCUUUCCCCCACAACUCACUACAUCAAGGUCAUCAGCAGUCAAGAUGUUACAUAUUAUUAUUUUUUUAUUAUUUUUACGCAGCUAUGUCCAAUAACUAUCAUGCCGUUGAUUUUAUUUUGGUAUAAAACGUCAUUAUUAUGUACAUUUUUACAUACAUUUUGUUAAUGUGCUGGUUGAUUGUUUUAGUCUAUCAGAUAUAGAUCCUGUCUCCACAGUAAGAUACAACACUCAGAUCAAACUGUCAAAAGAACUCUUUCAGGUUUUAUUUGUACCAUGAAUACAGUAUGUGUGUUGCUUUGUUGUGGUUUAUUUUUGUAUGUCCAACCUAUUAAAUGGACGCUGUGCCAGGACAGUGGCUGAUGUAA